UCAGUCCGCUCGAGACAUCCGUCAUUAGCACUUCGCUAUUCUUUUGGGUCAAGAUUGAAUGCCAGGAUCGUGUUCGCUUUAAACAGACUGUUUUCGCACAUUUUUUGCACGUUUUGCAAUCGUAUCACAUAGGAAGGAAACAAAACCGAGUUCGCAUGAUCAUAUCCUAUCAAGGCUGAUUGCUUCCGAAUCGGAUUUCAUACAUACUGUUCGAUUGCGUGCAACUUCUGCAACGCAUUAGAAGCUGGGAUUUUGCGCAAAUAUUGUGUGAUUUUUUUUUUCUAAAUAUAUCCAUUCAGUCGUACGUCGUAAAAAAAAAGUGGGGUAAUAGUGUGAUUUUUAUAAAUAACCAUAAAUCAGUGGAAUAUUUUUCGUGAGUGAAAAGUGCAACGGAAUAAGGAAGCAUAAGUGACAACACAUCAUCCGUUACCAGAGUUAAUUAUUCAAAGUUUCAAGUCCGGUUAAUUUCGAAGAACUGAUAAUCGGUGCUACUAUACUGAUAGCACGUACCCACCUAGUAGCUUAGACGGUACAAAAGGGGCGGCGUCGAGGGAAAUCGACCAUGCAUUCGAUGAUGAUAAAGCGAAGUAUAAUGAUGGAGCGUCUGAUGGAGGCGUCCAAAUCGGAAUCCGAUAUGAGGGAUAUUGCGGCCAGGAUCUGCCGGGACUACCUGACCGGUGCCUGGAAGACCAUACCAGCGGAGGAUCUCCAGCUAAAGCGCAUCAGUGGUGGUCUUUCCAAUUUCCUGUAUUACGUCAGGCUUCCCGACCAGCAGAAUGGCAGUUCCCCGAAAUCCUCGAACCAUUGCUACAAACGUGCACGCAAGGACAGCUAUUCCAACAUGCUGGAACCGAAAGAGGUCUUACUUCGCAUUUACGGACAGACUCACGGUGAAAGCGCACUGGAAUCAAUGCUCACUGAAUCGGUUGUAUUCACGCUUCUGAGCGAGCGUAAACUGGGACCAAAGCUGCACGGAAUCUUCCCCGGUGGAAGAAUCGAGCAGUAUAUACCGGCACGUGCAUUAACGACCUCGGAGCUGAGUGAUCCGAAAAUUUCGCUCAAGAUCGCCGAAAAGAUGGCAGCCAUCCACAGCUUGGAUAUUCCCGUCUCGAAGGAGCCGGACUGGUUGUGGAACACGAUGAACCGUUGGCUGAAGAGCGUCGAGACAACGCUGGAGACGUUCCGGAAGGAUCAAACCAAUGGUAACAAACGGAUCGACGGCGAUGAAAUCAUCACUGACUUAGACCUGCGGGCGGAAGUCGAGUGGCUUAAGUCAGUUAUCGACCGUGAAGAUCAUCCAGUUGUAUUCUCACACAAUGAUUUGCAGGAAGGUAAUAUCCUGUUGAGGGAAGACUAUUCGCCUUCUACCGGUUUGGAAAAUUUCUGCACCCUGGACCAAUUCGAUGAAUCCGCGCAGUUAGACUCUCACUUUAGCUCAAUUCUAAUUUCCAAUUCUAAUGGCAGCACUACCGCUUCAAAUAGCAGCAAAGUCGACGUGAAUAGUUCCGUCGAUACUGGUAGCGACACUGUAAGCUACGGAAAUCGGAAUCCAAGGAAACGUUCGUUGGAUGAACCGAUUGAAAAUGAAAUGGAUAGUACAAGAGAUUCAGUCCUUAGCGGUACCUCACAAUCACUAUCUGACCAACCAUGUGAUGGAGAACCCGAGCUUAUGAUCAUCGACUUUGAAUAUUGUGCCUACAACUAUCGUGGUUUCGACCUGGCCAAUCAUUUUCUUGAGUGGACCUUCGACUACACCAACUCGGCGGCGCCUUACUUCUUCCACAGGCCAGAGCAGUACCCCAGCAGGGAACAGCAGGACAAGUUUAUUGCAGUGUAUCUAGCGAGGACAGCUGGCGGUUUCAAGGAUGGACAGGAGCCUAACGCUUUGGAGAUUGAUGAUGUGCGUCGGGAAGUGCAGUGUUUCACGCUGGCGUCCCACCUGUUCUGGAGUCUGUGGGCGAUAGUCAACGUGUAUCAGGAGAUCGAGUUUGGAUACUGGGAGUAUGCAAUCUGCCGCCUGAACCAGUACGUCCGAUGCAAGAAGCUGUACAGCGAGCUGAUCAAAAAUUCGGGAAACCUACCGGUCACAGACCCGGAAAAGUAAAACAAAGAUAUCACACGUCUUCUGUUACUGAAUAUCGAAUGAUUCCUCUCUUCUUCAACCUCGUGCACCUGCGUGAGGUGCGACUAGAGGGGAUAAUCCUACCACACAUCACCUACACACAGUCACAAAUCCAGUAUACCAGAUCGGCUAGCGCAAAAGCAAUGGCGGCACGCUGGAUCACCAACGCCUAAAAUCGAAUCGAAUGAGAUAUUGAUGUGGAAUCUAUAACUGUGAAGGCUAGCGUUUAUAGAAUCCCGAGAAAUGGCAACUGUGCUUAAAGCGGACGAUACAUGUGUCCUACUCCGGUAGGUGCCAUGACUUGUAAUUGUACCAGUAUUAGUGGCCAUUACUUUUACAUUUAUGAGACACACGAAAAAGAGUACGUCAUUACAACUCGAAGAGCGUUUAUUUAACAAACAAACAAAAAUCCAAGCAUUUCCACCUGAGUAGUAACUACUGAUUAAAUUCUUUUAUCUUUUAA